AUGAACAAAACAACCGCCGCCGUGGAACCCGCCUGCAAGACCCACUGCGGUCCGCUGGAAAUCAAAUACCCCUUCGGCACCGGCCACGGGUGCGGCUCCCCGCGCUUCCACCCCUACGUCACCUGCUCCUCCGCCGCCGGCAGCGGCGGUGAAGGAGAGCUCCGCCUCACCACACACACGGGGUCGUACCAAAUAACCUCAAUAUCCUACUCCGACUCAGUUCUGACCGUCGCGCCGCCGUGCAUGUCGAACUGCACAUCCAUGCAGCCUUCUCCGGCCAACUUCGGGCUGGACUGGGCCGGCCCUUUUCAGCUCGGGCCGUCAACUUUCAUCCUUUUAGCAUGCUCGCCGGAAACCUACUCCAUAACCGUGAAGGGAAACCCCAUAUGCGACCCUUCUUCGCUCUACCUCUGCGCGGAAAUCUACACCUGCCCUGGCGUGGUGGCGCUCGGGCUGCCGCUCGAUAAAUUUCUGAAGCUUCUUCUAGAAGCUUCUGGAAGAGGGGAUUAUAUAAAUACGAGAUUUCAACAAUCUUGA